UCUAGCAACUAAUGCUAACAGGCGUCAACAACCGUUGAAAGUUGGCACUUACACCGAUCGAUCGGAUUAAGUGAUAAGAUCCAGAGCCCUACUUCGAACUAAGCCUUGACAUUUGUUAGAUGUCUAGCCUCGGAGAAUAUCUUGACAGCGACCGGGAUCCGGAGUCGUCUUAUGCUGACUCCAUCCAUGAUCACCAUGAUGAUAAAGCUACCCCCAGUCCAGUCGAAGAAAGUAGCCACGACGAGUACACCCCCCCCAAGAAGAGUAGAACCUCCUCCACCCUCUACUCUACCACCGAAAGUCGCUCGGAAAGAUUGAUGAAGGCAAUCUCUAACAGAACACACGAUGAAUUUCGGAAAAUGUGUAAAGAAAUUUACGGCGGUCCCGUCUGCCUCAUCACGCAGGUGAUGGACCAGGUCUGUACCGAAAUGGCGUAUGUCAUACCACGAGCAACCCAAUACAGUAUGGUAACGCUAUACGAAUAUUGCCUUGGCUUAGAGUACAAAAGUUGGCAUGUUGACACCAGGACAAACCUUUUUCCUCUCAGCCCCACUUGGCAUUCGCUUUUUGAUACUAAACAAUGGCUUCUCCUGCCGGACGCAGCGACAAUGAGAGACGUCCAUAAUCGUGUCAAGGCAGUUAUCGAAUGGAGGAAAAGUCCCGACUCUAAACCGGGAUUCAUACCCCUCCGGUCACAGUGGCCAUCCAAUACCAAAACACGAUACAGUUUCAUAUCGACAUCCUAUACAGCCCAGCACUUCGCGCUCAAAAAGGAUGGAGACAUUGUUAUUUGUCAACAUCCUUUUUCCAACCUCCCGUUGCUCGAGUGUCACAUCCUCCCUCCAUAUGCGGUAAUAAAUGCAGCUCAGAAGUUGAGCAGAGAUCAGAUCGAUGGGAUCGUUCGUGACCUUCAUGCGGAACAGACAAAAGAGUUCGAGGAACUGAAACAGAGACUCACCCUCGUGUGUGAUACUUGGGACCUUUUCAUGGAUGCUGAAGACGUAGCGAAGGCUUGGGAGAAGCCAGCAGUAGACUGAAUGAGAGUAUUAGCAGUUAGAUAGAAUGUUAAUGAAAGUGUCUCACCUCAGUUGACUGUAUAAGCAACUGAGGUGCGUUGAGGCCAGGCUCCUUCCCAGCCCCCGAUUCGAGUGUG